UGGCGCAGGGUUGCAGGGUUGCCCUCCGCCCGCCUGCCCUCUGCGGCCUCAGCCCACGCCCCGUCUCGCGGGUCCCCCCGGACACCCGCGGCCCUUCCCGUGGCCGCUCCAUCCCCCGGCCCACGCCCUCCGGGACCGCGAAUCCCUGCAGCUUUCGCGGCGGUGGUGGUCAGCGGGGCACUGAGCUCUGACUCCGGCGGAUUCGCUGGUCGCGGGAGAGCUCGGCCCCAGGCCGCUCGGCGUGCCCAGCCGCUGGGCAGUCCCCGCCGCCGCCCGCGCUCUCCCGGGCCCCGUGCGCGCGGGUGUGCGCGGGUGCGCGCGGGUGCGCGGGGUGCGCGGUGCGGGGGAGUGAGUGUGCGCGGGGGCGAGUGCCCGGCUCCGUGUCGCCGACACGCACACACCCUGGCCGGCUCCUCCGAACUUGAAAGCACCCACGUUCCAAGAUGCCACGUUCCAAGGUUCCUGGGGGUGCCCCGGGUUCUUAGAGCUGGAGAAUCCCACCGGAAUCUUCCUAGGGAGGAAUUAACUGGGUUUGGGUUUUUUGUUGUUGUUGCUUUCUGUUUUUCCUUUUGUGCUUUUUUGUUUUUCAAUCUGGAAAAGAAGAGAACAAGUUGUGCUUCUUCAUUCUUCUUGCUCCAUGCCGUGGAUAAUAUAGCUGAAUAAGCCGCGCCGGGCUCCCCCGGUGUGGACGUCCGAGGCCACCACCCGCCUGCAUUCGCCCGAGCCGGAGGGCUUGCGGAGCGCUCUGGGUCUGGGAAGGAUGCGAGGCCGAGCCGGGGAGCCCGGGCGCCCAGCAGAGCCGGCCUCCGAGCCUCCCAGCCGGGGCUAGAUGCUGCCUCGCCCAGCAGUGUUCAUGGAUAGUAAUGCCCUCCUGUUCGUGGCACUGGCUCCAGGGAAACUCCCUAAUGUCAGCAGCAGUCAUUUCUCUCCUUGUUGCGAACUGUGAGCGCCACCAUAAAUUGUUAGACCUGAUGGAACAAUCAGGCGCCGUGUCCUGAGUGACCAGACCAUGGAGAGGCUGCUUGGUGGCCUGCUGGCGUUUGGCAUGGCGUUUGCUGUGGUUGACGCCUGCCCCAAGUACUGUGUCUGCCAGAACCUGUCUGAGUCACUGGGGACCCUGUGCCCCUCCAAGGGGCUGCUCUUCGUGCCCCCCGACAUUGACCGGCGGACAGUGGAGCUGCGCCUGGGUGGCAACUUCAUCAUCCAUAUUGGCCGCCAGGACUUUGCCAACAUGACAGGGCUGGUGGACCUGACCCUGUCCAGGAACACCAUCAGCCACAUCCAGCCCUUCUCCUUCCUGGACCUUGAGAGCCUGCGCUCGCUCCACCUCGACAGCAACCGGCUGCCCAGCCUUGGCGAGGACACGCUCCGGGGCCUGGUCAACCUGCAGCACCUUAUCGUGAACAACAACCAGCUGGGGGGCAUCGCUGACGAGGCCUUUGAGGACUUCCUGCUGACUCUGGAGGACCUGGACCUUUCCUACAACAACCUCCAUGGCCUGCCCUGGGAUUCGGUGCGGCGCAUGGUCAACCUCCACCAGCUCAGUCUGGACCACAACCUGCUGGACCACAUUGCCGAGGGCACCUUUGCUGACCUGCAGAAGCUGGCCCGCCUUGACCUCACCUCCAACCGGCUGCAGAAGCUGCCUCCUGACCCCAUCUUUGCCCGCUCCCAGGCCUCCUCUGCUCUGAUGGCCACACCCUUUGCCCCUCCUCUAUCUUUCAGUUUUGGGGGUAACCCCCUGCACUGCAACUGUGAGCUCCUCUGGCUGCGGAGGCUGGAGCGGGAGGAUGACCUGGAGACCUGCGGGUCCCCGGGGGGCCUCAAGGGUCGCUACUUCUGGCAUGUGCGAGAGGAGGAGUUUGUGUGUGAGCCUCCACUCAUCACCCAGCACACACACAAGCUGCUGGUGCUGGAGGGCCAGGCGGCCACACUCAAGUGCAAGGCCAUCGGGGACCCAAGUCCCCUCAUCCACUGGGUGGCCCCUGAUGACCGCCUGGUGGGGAACUCCUCGAGGACUGCUGUGUAUGACAAUGGCACCCUGGAUAUUCUCAUCACCACAUCUCAGGACAGCGGGGCCUUCACCUGCAUCGCUGCCAACGCCGCGGGGGAGGCCACGGCCACGGUGGAGGUCUCCAUUGUGCAGCUGCCACACCUCAGUAACAGCACCAGUCGCACCUCGCCCCCCAAGUCCCGCCUGUCAGACAUUACUGGCUCCAGCAAGACCAGUCGGGGAGGUGGAGGCAGUGGGGGUGGGGAGCCUCCCAAGAGCACCCCAGAACGGGCUGUGCUCGUGUCAGAUGUGACGACCACCUCGGCCCUGGUCAAGUGGUCAGUCAGCAAGUCAGCACCCCGCGUGAAGAUGUACCAGCUGCAGUACAACUGCUCUGAUGAUGAGGUGCUGGUUUACAGGAUGAUCCCGGCUUCCAACAAGGCCUUCGUGGUCAACAACCUGGUGUCCGGGACUGGCUACGACCUGUGCGUGCUGGCCAUGUGGGAUGACACGGCCACCACGCUCACUGCGACCAACAUCGUGGGCUGUGCCCAGUUCUUCACCAAGGCUGACUACCCGCAGUGCCAGUCCAUGCACAGCCAGAUCCUGGGUGGCACCAUGAUCCUGGUCAUCGGUGGCAUCAUCGUGGCUACACUGCUGGUCUUCAUCGUCAUCCUCAUGGUGCGCUAUAAGGUGUGCAACCAUGAGGCACCCGGAAAGACGGCCGUGGCCACAGUCAGCAACGUGCUCUCGCAGACUGACGGGGUGCAGCCGCAGGCGCCGGGGCCCCCCAAGGUGGUGGUACGCAACGAGCUGGUGGAGUUCAGUGCCGGCCUGCCCCGAGGCAGCGACUCCUCUUCCUCCAGCUCCCUGGGCAGCGGGGAGGCGGCGGGGCUGGGCCGUGGGCCCUGGCGGUUGCCGCCCCCCGCCCCCCGCCCCAAGCCCAAUCUGGACCGCCUGAUGGGGGCGUUUGCCUCCCUGGACCUCAAGAGCCAGAGAAAGGAGGAGCUGCUGGACUCCAGGACUCCAGGCGGGAGGGGCUCUGGGCCGUCGGCCAGGGGCCAGCACUCGGACAGAGAGCCCCUGCUGGGACCCCCGGAGGCGCGCGCCCGCGGCCUGCUCCCGCUGCCCCUGGAGGGCAAGGCCAAGCGGAGCCACUCCUUCGACAUGGGGGACUUCGCCGCCGCAGCGGCCGGAGGGACCAUGUCCGGGGGCUACAGCCCCCCUCGGAGGGUCUCGAACAUCUGGACGAAGCGCAGCCUCUCUGUCAACGGCAUGCUGCUGCCCUUCGAGGAGAGUGACCUGGUGGGGGCCCGGGCCACCUUCGGCAGCUCCGAGUGGGUGAUGGAAAGCACUGUGUAGGCGGGCGGGCCCUGCCCUCCCUGCAGGGGAGCGGGGGGAUAAAAACCUUUGCUGGCAACCCUCCGAGUUUCCAUGGUGAUGUUUACAGCCGGGGCAGUCCAGCCCUCUGUCAAAGGCCUCCUCCCCACGCCACCCACCGCCACCCACACCCCGCCCGGCGCGCUCAGGGACAGCGACUCAGCGGUGGGACGGAGCCCUGAGAGUCGGGAAGGGCGGGCGACUCCGCCUUGCGACCCCAAGGGUAGUGUAGAGGCAAGUGGCCUGGACGGCUUCUGCUUCCAUCGUGGCUUUUGUUUAUGAAUUGGUUUUUCCCGCUUCCCAGGAUGUCCCUCUUCAUUCACGCAGAUAACGGGGAGUUCGCAGCUGCAGGGUCUCCAGCAGCCGGGAGGGGUCGCUACUGCCCGCUGACAAGAGAAGGAAACCUUGUUUCUUCCUUGCUUGGAAACAGGUUCCCUCCGGUCAGACCCUCGUAACUCCUGUCAGCCCUGGGCCAGAGCUGUGGUAGAGGGCGCAUGUGUGUCCCCCUGACAUCUGCCCACUUCCCUUUGCUUCUCAAACGUGGCACCUACGUCUGUCACUUCUGCUUAAACACAAGAGUAACUUCCAGGACUCUGUGUGUGAGGGGGAAGGAGAGGCUUUAGGGUAAGAUAAAUUGGAUCUUAGCGUUUAGAAUUAGCUUUGAAAUUGUUGCCUCUGGAGAGGGAAGGUGAGGCUGAAAGUUCCCAUGAGCAGGUGGUAGACCAAAGUGCUAUCCUUAGGGAGAGCAGAGUAGAGAGUUAAGAUGAGCACUGUACUGGGAGUCCAACCUCUGAGUGAGGGUUACAGCACCACCACUGUAGUUAGUUUGAGCAAGAUACUUUCUCUUUUGGGACCUCAUUCUCCUAAUUGCAAAAUAUUGAGAUUGCCAAAGGUCCUUGCUUCCCUUCCACAUCACAGCUUCCUGACUCGCAGCAUUACAGUUUCUCCUUAGGAGCAGGCAGCUGGGAGGGCAGCUUCUGCUCUGCCCACUGACCUGGACAGGAAACUCUCAGAGGCUCUGGAGGGGCAACGCUAGUCUUGGGAGAGUCUUAGAGUUGGGAGCUUGGACAGACAUUUGUCACCCUUUCCUCCUCUGCCACCUCUCUCCUUAGUUAGACCAAUUAGCCCAAGGUCUUGGAGCGGGUCACUGACAGGUUAUAGUAGGCCCAGUCCAUCUGCCUGGGGAGGGGCUGAUGGGACCCAUUCCCUGUCCAUAUUUCCAAUCUAGGGGCCUUCUGUGUGCAGUAUGUCACUUGUUUGUCCCUAAGGAAGAUGGCUCAGGUUGGGAAGUGGGGGAUAUCUACCACUGAUGGUUCUUGUAGGAGGAUCUAUCCAUGGAAAUAUUGGGAAGGUGAUAGGAGGGUCCACAGGGCUCAUUUUGAUACAGGAUUAUGUAAUGCUACACUCCCUGAUGGAGUGAAAAGGGGCCAGAGAAUGGGUGGCUGGGGAGCUGCUGUUUUCUAGAAGCUUCUGACCAGCUUCCCUGCAUUGCUGCCUCUCCUGAUUGCCACCUGUUCUGGGUUGCUCCUCAUUUACCAACACACUACCUCUCUCUCUCUUUCUCUCUCUCUCUCUCCCUCUAUCUCCCUCUCUCUUUAUCUCCCUCUCUCUGUCUCCCUCCCCCACUCUCUCUCCCCAUCUCUCCAAUACUCUUUUCCCUCCCCAGAAUUUUCCAUAAGUCUCAUCUUUCCCCUUCCUUAGAUUUGCCAAUAUCACAGCAAGCAAAGCAUAAAGGGGAGGCCACUUCAGGCCUAAAAGGUCUCAUGGGCUCAGGCCAGCAGCUGUGCUGGCCCCACCUCACCAUAGCACCUAGAACUCUCCAGAAGAGAGUGCAGAGUUGUCCAUUCAGGGCUGCCUUCAGACUCCAGUGCCUCCAAGAUUCCGGCCUUCACCCUCCACCCCACAUCCCUUCCUUUCCGCCCCCCUUCCUUUCCUUCUACUCUCCUAUCUUUUUUUUUCCCCUUCACCUUCCAUGACUCUGCUUUCCUCUGGCCCUUUCAGAUCCUGAAAAGGUCAUAGACAGAUGAGACCCUUUAUGGGAUUGCCAGUUAAUUUUCCAGGUCAGCCCCAGUAGCUGAGCACAUAUAUUCACUGCUCAGGUGCCCCCUCCCCAGAAUGAAAAAAAAAAAAGCAUUUUUCCAUCCUCCUUCUUACCCAUCCCCACUUUCUCUCUUCCUCUUUUUUCUCUCUGCACCUUUCUCAUGCAGCCUUUUCAAAUGUAGCCAUUGAGGAAGUGACCCCAAGUACUCCCUUUCUUUUGGCCUUUUAGUUCAGAUGUCAGAAGGGAAGAAAGACCCAAGCUCCUCGGUGCCCUGAGCUCUGUGGUAGCUUGCGAUGGACCUGCACUGUGUUUGUCAUGUUUCUGACUUGAAGUUUUGGAAAGCAGCUUCCCUGUGGUCAGAAUAUAAAUGCCAAUCUUCUCUGUUGCUAAAAAAAUAUAUGUACAGUGAAAUGUACAGUUAAACAAAACCACCACCAAGCACACUUCUUGAAGGGAGAAAAAAAGAUCGUUCUCGUGUCUGUGAA